UUUCCCGGCGGUGUCAUGGCGCCCGGCGUUGAGUUGGCAGGACUGGCCCACGAAACUGAGGAAAGUCAGUGAAGCUGAGAAAGAAGUGGUGCAGCCGCACGGCGGGAAGCCGUGGGAAUGAGCGGAGGCCCCGCGGGGGCCACGGUGUCCACAGCGGCGACCCCUCGGUGAAGCGUCAGGCCGGGCCUCGGCUUUCUGACACGGCCGUUGGUGGGAGCGCCGUGUCCUGCGAGUCCUCAGCGUCUGGAUCCGCACCAGCUUCGGCGUCCAGGGACAUUUGGAGAGGACGUGUCCGCCCGCAGCGAUGUCGUCCUGGCUCGGGGGCCUCGGCUCCGGCUUGGGCCAGUCUCUCGGCCAAGUAGGGGGCAGCCUGGCUUCCCUCACUGGCCAGAUUUCUAACUUCACGAAAGAUAUGCUGAUGGAGGGCACGGAGGAUGUGCCAGCAGAUUCCGGGAGAGAGGAAAAUGAAACUACUCAUUCAGUCUUAAGAUCAGAGAAUGAAAGACUUAAAAAGCUUUACACUGAUCUAGAGGAAAAGCAUGAAGCAUCAGAACUUCAAAUUAAGCAGCAAUCUUCAAGUUACCGAAGUCAGUUACAACAGAAAGAGGAAGAAAUCAACCACCUUAAAGCAAGGCAGACUGCACUACAGGAUGAACUGCUCAGACUGCAGUCAGCUGCUGAGUCAGCCCGCUCAGCAUCUGGCGGUGCACCAGCAGCCAAUGCAUCAUCUUCAUUCAGCUAUGGGACCAGUCAUCGUGUGUCAGCCUUCCAUGAAGACGACAUGGACUUUGGUGAUGUGAUCUCAUCACAACAAGAAAUAAACAGAUUAUCAAAUGAAGUUUCAAGACUUGAAUCUGAACUUGGACAUUGGAGACAUGUUGCUCAGACUAAGGUGCAGGGAGCACAAAGCUCUGAUCAAACUGAAAUCUGCAAACUACAAAAUAUUAUUAAGGAACUUAAACAGAACAGAAGUCAGGAAAUUGAUGACCAUCAGCAUGAGAUGUCAGUCCUGCAGAAUGCUCAUCAACAGAAACUGACAGAGAUAAGUCGUCGGCAUCGAGAGGAGUUAAGUGACUACGAAGAGCGAAUCGAAGAACUGGAAAAUCUGUUACAGCAAGGUGGCUCAGGAGUUACGGUAACUGAUCACUCUAAAGUGUAUGAGAUGCAAAACACUAUUCAGAUCUUACAGAUGGAAAAAGUAGAAUCUACCAAAAAGAUCGAAGACCUUGAGCAUAAAAUAAAAGAGAUACAUAAAAGAUUGUCUUCUGCAGAACAUGACCAGGAAGUCUGGAAAAAAGAACGAGAGCGGCUGGAAGUGGAAAGGAGACAGAUGACUGAGCAAUGUGAGCACUUGAAGCUGGAACUCAGUGAAGCCCAGCAGAGUGCUCUGCGGCAGAGUGAUUCUGCGAUGAAGGAGGAGAUCCUCCCACACAGCUCCUCAGUCGCAGACGUCCUGAGAUUGCAGCAAGCUUUGACUGAUGCUGAAAACGAAAUAAUGAGACUAAGUAGUUUAAACCAGGAUAUCAAUCUUGCUGAAGACAAUCAGAAACUUCAAUUGUGUGUCCAAACUUUAGAAAAAGAGAAGUCUUUACUGAGUCAAGAAAAGGAAGAACUUCAGAUAUCACUUUCCAAACUGAGCAGUGAGUAUGAAGUCAUUAAAAGUACAGCUACAAGGGACUUAGAUUUGUUUUCUCAAGUACAUGACUUAAAACAUAACCUGGAGGUGAAGGAGCAAGAACUGAACCAGAGUAUUCAUGAAAAUGAAAUACUUAUGGCUGAAUUAGAAGAACUGGACAAGCAGAACCAAGAGGCUACUAAGCAUGUGAUUUUGAUAAAAGAUCAGCUAUCAAAACAACAAAGUGAAGGAGAUAGUGUCAUCAAGAAACUGAAAGAAGAGCUAGAUGAUGAAAAGCAGAGAACCCAUCAACUUGAGGAUGAUAAAAUGAGUAUUAUUAAAGAGUUAAACAUACAGAAAGAAAAGCUAACUCACAGUGAACAGGCCCUAAGUGAUUUACAGUUAAUCAAACAGAAGCUUGAAGAUAAAGUAGAAGAUUUAGUAGGUCAGCUAAGUAAAUCAGAGAAAAAUAAUUUCGACAUUCAGAAGGAGAACCGUGAACUGAGGGAACACAUCAGACAAAGUGAAGAGGGGCUGUCUACAGUCAGGAGCGAGUUAACUCAGUCCCAAACCCAGGGCUCCAGCAGCAACUUGAAGGAUGACUUACUUAAAGAAAGGGACACUGAAGUUCAAAAUUUAAAGCAAAAUCUUUCGGAAGUAAAACAGCUCAAUGAACAUUUAGAGCAAGUUGCUUUUGAUCUCAGAACAGAAAAUGAAGAGUUGCUUGAAGCAUAUGAAGAGGUAAGAAAUCAGUUGGAAGAAUCUGUUGCUGGCAACAAGCAGAUUUCUCUGGAAAAAACUGAUAUGCCGGAAUGGGAAAAGGCACAGCUAGAAACAGAGCUGUGUCGAGCUGAAAAGAGGGUGUUGGAAGAAGAGCGGAAGUACGAGCAAACUGUCGUCAAGGAACUGUCCGGUACGAGGAGCCCCGAUACCUCCGCCUUACAGCUGGAACAGGAGCGCUUAAUUCAACUCAAUCAAGAGAAAGACUUUGAAAUAGCAGAACUCAAAAAAAGUAUUGAGCAAAUGGAUACUGAUCAUAAACGAACCAAGGAGACUUUGUCAUCUAGUUUAGAAGAGCAGAAACAAUUGACACAACUUAUAAACGAGAAGGAGAUUUGUAUUGUGAAACUUAAAGAAAAAAGUUCAGAACUGCAGAAGGAAUUAGACAGAUGUGCUCAGACCUUAAGGAAAAAUGAGACUCUAAGGCAGACCAUAGAAGAAAAGGAUAGAAGUCUUGGAUCCAUGAAAGAAGAGAACAAUCACUUGCAAGAGGAGCUGGAGCGGCUUCGGGAGCAGCAGAGUCGGGUAGUGCCUGUGCCUGAGCCCAGAACCCUUGACAACACUAUAGAGCUAGAAUCUGAGCUGUCUCAGCUGCACAUAAUCAAGGAUCAUCUGGAAGAAGAAAUUAAACAUCACCAGAAGAUGAUUGAAGAUCAAAACCAGAAUAAGAUGCAACUACUCCAGUCUCUACAGGAGCAGAAGAAAGAAAUGGAUGAGUUUAAAUACCAGCAUGAACAAAUGAGUAUCACACACACACGACUUUUUUUAGAAAAAGAUGAGGAAAUUAAGAACUUGCAAAAAACAAUUGAACAAAUAAAAGCCCAGUUGCAUGAAGAAAGACAGGAUAGUCAAACAGAGAAUUCUGAUAUUUUUCAAGAAACAAAAGUUCAGAGCCUUAAUAUAGAAAAUGGAAGUGAAAAACAUGAUCUCUCUAAAGCUGAAACAGAAAAGUUAGUGAAGGGGAUAAAAGAGAGGGAGCUGGAGAUUAAGCUUCUGAAUGAAAAGAAUAUCUCGCUAACUAAACAGAUUGAUCAGCUGUCCAAAGAUGAGGUCGGCAAGCUCACUCAGAUUAUCCAGCAGAAGGACUUGGAGAUACAGGCUCUUCAUGCCAGGAUCUCCUCUGCUUCCUACUCACAGGAUGUUGUAUACCUUCAGCAGCAGCUGCAUGCAUAUGCUAUGGAAAGAGAGAAAGUGAUGCUUGUUUUGAAUGAGAAGACGAGGGAAAAUAGCCAGCUAAAAACAGAAUAUCAUAAGGUGAUCGAUAUUAUUAGUGCCAAAGAAGCAGCCCUUAUUAAGCUGCAAGAUGAGAAUAAAAAAAUGUCCACUAGAUUUGAAAGUAGCGGUCAAGAUAUGUUUAAAGAAACUAUUCAGAAUUUAUCCCGGAUCAUUCGAGAAAAGGACAUUGAGAUAGAUGCACUGAGUCAGAAGUGCCAGACCCUGCUGACAGUCUUGCAGACUUCUGGCACAGGUAGUGAGGCUGGAGGGGUUAACAGUAACCAGUUUGAGGAGCUCUUACAGGAGCGGGAUAAACUAAAGCAGCAGGUGAAGAAAAUGGAGGAGUGGAAGCAACAAGUGAUGACCACCGUCCAGAACAUGCAGCACGAGUCUGCCCAGCUCCAGGAAGAACUUCACCAACUUCAGGCACAAGUUUCGGUUGACAGUGAUAACAAUUCUAAACUGCAAGUGGACUACACAGGCCUGAUCCAAAGUUAUGAGCAGAAUGAAACCAAACUUAAGAACUUUGGGCAGGAAUUGGCACAAGUUCAGCAUAGCAUAGGGCAGCUUUGUAAUACCAAGGACCUUCUUUUAGGAAAACUUGAUAUUAUGUCUCCCCAGCUCUCCUCUGGCUCAUCACUUACCUGUCAGUCAGCAGAGCCUCUUAGAGCAAGCCAGUCUUCUGAGCCUCACGAGUCUUCUCAGUUGCUUCAACAAGAAGUAGAUGAUCUGAGAAAAUCACUGCAGGAGAAAGAUGCCACAAUUAGAACGCUCCAGGAAAACAAUCACAGACUGUCUGACUCUGUUGCUGCUUCCUCGGAGGUAGAACGAAGAGAGCACGAGCAAACUGAUUCAGAAAUUAAGCAGCUAAAGGGGAAACAAGAGGUUCUACAAAACUUGCUUAAGGAAAAAGACCUCUUAAUCAAAGCCAAAAGUGACCAAUUACAUUCUUCAAAUGAAAACCUUGCUAACAAAGUGAAUGAAAACGAGCUUUUGAGGCAGGCAGUGACAAAUUUGAAGGAGAGAAUUUUGAUUUUAGAAAUGGACAUUUCUAAAUUAAAAGGGGAAAAUGAAAAAAUAGUAGAAGCAUCCAAGGGGAAGGAAACAGAAUAUCAGGCGUUACAAGAGACCAACAUGAAGUUUUCCAUGAUGUUACGAGAAAAAGAGUUUGAAUGCCAUUCAAUGAGAGAAAAGGCACUUGCUUUUGAGCAACUACUGAAAGAAAAAGAACAGGGCAAGGCUGGGGAGUUAAAUCAACUUUUAAAUGCAGUUAAAUCAAUGCAGGAGAAGACAGUUACGUUUCAACAGGAAAGAGACCAAGUUAUGUUGGCCCUGAAACAGAAGCAAAUGGAAAACAGUACCCUGCAGAAUGAGGUCCAGCGCUUACGGGACAAAGAAUCCCGGCUGAACCAGGAGCUACAGAGACUGCGUGACCACCUUUUAGAGUCAGAAGACUCUCAUACACGAGAAGCUUUGGCUGCAGAAGACCGAGAGGCCAAACUGAGGAAGAAGGUCUCAGUGUUGGAGGAAAAGCUGGUUUCAUCCUCUAAUGCAAUGGAAAAUGCAAGUCAUCAAGCCAGUGUGCAAGUAGAGUCUUUACAAGAACAGCUGAACAUGGUCUCCAAGCAGAGAGAUGAGACUGCCCUGCAACUUUCUGUUUCUCAGGAACAAGUGAAGCAGUAUGCUUUGUCACUAGCCAAUCUGCAGAUGGUUCUUGAACACUUCCAACAAGAGGAAAAAGCUAUGUAUUCUGCUGAAUUAGAAAAGCAAAACCACAUCUUAGCUGAAUGGAAGAAAAAGGCAGAGAAUCUGGAAGGAAAAGUGUUAUCGCUGCAGGAACGUUUGGAUGAAGCAAAUGCUGCACUGGAUUCAGCAUCAAGACUUACAGAACAGUUAGAUUUAAAAGAAGAACAAAUUGAAGAACUUAAAAAGCAAAAUGAGCUCCACCAGGAGAUGCUGGGUGAUGCGCAGAAGAAACUGAUGAACUUGGUAAACAGUACAGAAGGAAAAGUGGACAAAGUCCUCAUGAGAAACCUCUUCAUCGGUCAUUUCCACACACCUAAACACCAGCGUCACGAAGUCCUUCGGCUCAUGGGGAGCAUCCUGGGUGUUAAAAGGGAGGAGAUGGAGCAGCUGUUUGCGGAAGGUCAAGGAGGUGUUACUCGGUGGAUGACUGGAUGGCUGGGAGGAGGAUCGAAAAGUGUGCCCAAUACACCUUUGAGACCAAAUCAGCAGUCUGUGUUCAAUAGUUCUUUUUCAGAACUCUUUGUUAAAUUUUUGGAAACAGAAUCUCAUCCAUCUGUCCCGCCUCCAAAACUGUCAGUUCAUGACCUGAAGCCUCUAGAUUCUCCAGGAAGAAGGAAAGUUGACACAGACGCAGCAGAAUCCAGGGCAGGAAGAAGGACAGAUGUCAAUCCAUUCUUGGCUCCCCGCUCAGCAGCUGUGCCCCUUCUUAACCCAGCUGGACAUGGGCCUGGUGGGCCUGGGCAUCUUCUUUUGAAACCCAUCUCAGAUGUUCUACCCACCUUUACACCGUUGCCAGUGUCACCUGACAACAGUGCAGGUGUUGUAUUGAAAGACCUUCUAAAGCAAUAGGUAGCUUUCAAGGCUGAGACUUAGUAGCACUUUAAAGGAACCAUGAAGCUGGGCGUGGUGGCGCACGCCUCUAAUCCCAGCACUUGGGAGGCAGAGGCAGGCGGAUUUCUGAG